AACUUCUCAGGGGUUAUUCAUCCUUAAGCUACCCUAGGUCAAGCACACUUAAUCUGUGAGUUUUUUUAUCAACAUUCAGCCCAAAAUGUAUUUAUCUAGUAUUGUUUCAUUCUUUACUAUCAUUGACAUAUAUACUUGCUUCUCUAGAUUCUCUUUUUUUAACCUAACAUUGGACUCUCAUGAUAUUACAUUCUCUCUUCUUGAGUACAUGACGUCUUCGUCAUGUAACCUUACAAUUGGUCUCAGAUUUUCUCCUCUUUGGGGGGUGCUAUCUUAGAAGUCGCUCCUUGUUCAAGCCCUCGCGCCCUAGCACCACUCCCCGCCCUCAUCAGAUUGCCUUCUCCAAGGGUCCGCUUACCUUGAUAAGAAGAACCAAAUCAACUUAUCCUGAUGGGUCUACGCGAACUUCUUAAGAGUUACCCAUUCUUGAGCUAUCCUAGCUCAAACACGCUUAACUUGGGAGUUCUUUAUCCACAUUCAACCCAAAAAUAUCCAUCUAGUAUUAUUUCAUUCCUUAUUAUCCUCGAUAUAUAUAUACUUGUUUCUCUAUAGUCCCUUUUGGACCUGACCUUGGACUCUCGAGGUAUUACACAUAUUUUUAGUUACAGUGAUUUAAAAAUUUUUAAUUGGGACACUCGGAAAGUGUUUUUCAUUUCUUUACUUUUAAAUUCAAUAUUUCAAAAAGAAUAAAAAAAAAUUAAAUUUCUUAAUACAAAUUACGAAUUAAAUCAAAUUCAAUUCAUAAAAAUAAAUGUGCAUAUAAAGAUUUUAUCUUGAUGAACUAAAUCAAAUAUAGUUCAGACUAAAAAAUAAGGUCACCAAUAUAAACGUCUCUCAGAUGGCUUAAUAGAAUAAUUUCAAUUGUCAAAUGAGAGGAAAAUGGGGUUUCUUGCGUUUGUUUAAGAUAAAAUUUCAGAAUUCAAUGGUUCGUGAUUUCUUGUGUUUCUUUAGGAUAAAGCUUGAGAAUUCAGCGGUUGUAUGACCCCAUCUAUGGCCGCCCAAGAAGAAGAAUAUCAUAUCAUAUGGCACAAAAAUCCAAAACCCAAUAACUCACAUAAUCCAGUUGUUCAACCAAGCCAUCAUCCAUGGCGGAUUAAUUAUAAGUAGCAGCCCUUUCUUUCAUUAAAAGAAAAGAAAGCCCAAUUAAACAGAGAUGAAGACUUCUCCAAUUUCAUUACUCCUUCCAAUUUUUAUCCUCCUUCUGUUUCCGUUUCCAAUUCCAUUGGAAGCUUCACCUCACGCUCAUGGAGAUUUUCUUCAAUGCCUUUCCCUUCACUCUCCCAACUCAACCUCAAUCUCCCAGGUGAUUUACACCCCAAACAACUCAUCUUUCUCAUCUAUAUUAGAUUUCUCCAUAAGAAAUUUGAGAUUCGCGUCGCCAUCAACCCCAAAACCUCUGGUCAUCGUCACCCCAGUUCACGAAUCACAGAUUCAGGCAACCGUCUACUGCUGCAAAACCCAUGGAAUCCAGAUCAGAGUCCGAAGCGGCGGCCAUGACUACGAGGGUCUUUCCUACGUUUCGGAGUCUCCUUUCGUUGUCGUCGAUCUAAUAAACCUCCGAUCAAUCACCAUUGAUGCUGAAAACAAAACUGCUUGGGUCCAAACCGGCGCCACCAUUGGCGAACUUUACUACAGAAUCGCCGAGAAAAGCAAAACUCUCUCCUUUCCGGCCGGCGCUUGCCCUACUGUGGGCGUCGGCGGCCACUUCAGCGGCGGAGGCUUCGGCGCGCUCUUCCGUAAAUACGGCCUCGCCGCCGAUAAUAUCAUUGAUGCUCGGAUUAUAAACGCUGAUGGCGACGUUCUUGAUCGGGAAUGCAUGGGGGAAGAUCUGUUUUGGGCGAUCAGAGGCGGCGGAGGCGCCAGCUUCGGAAUCAUUACAGCCUGGAAGUUGAAUCUGGUCGACGUGACGUCGACUGUAACUGUUUUCACAGUCGACCGGACAUUAGAACAGAACGCAACGAUGCUGGUCCAUCAAUGGCAGAGCAUUGGCCAUGCUUUACCGGAGAAUCUACUGAUCGCAAUCUUCGUAAGAAAGGCGAAUUCUACAGUACGAGCUUCAUUCAUCUCCAUAUUCUUAGGCGAAGUUGAUGAGCUGAUUCCACUGGUCGAAGAGAGAUUCCCACAAUUGGGUUUAAGAAAAGAAGACUGCACCGAGAUGAGCUAUAUCGAAUCCGCGCUCUACGUUGCCGAAUUUCCUAUUGGAGAACCCAUUGAUGUCUUGCUGGACAGGACUCCUUUGACUAGAAAUUACUUCAAAGCGAAAUCGGAUUUUGUGAACGAACCCAUUUCGGAGACUGGACUGGAAGGGAUCUGGGAAAGGUUUUACGAAGGAGAGGCCGAAACUGCGGAGCUGAUAUUCAGCCCAGAUGGUGGGAAAAUGGAGGAGAUUUCAGAAUCUGCAAUUCCUUACCCGCACAGAGCAGGGACGCUGUACAAAAUCCAGUACUUGGUUUACUGGGAGGAAGAAGGGAUAAAAGCGUCCGAGAGGUAUAUAGAUUGGAUCAGGAGACUUUACAGUUACAUGACUCCCUACGUUUCCAAGUCUCCCAGAGCUGCGUAUCUCAAUUACAGAGACCUUGACAUCGGAGUGAACAACAAAGGGAACACAAGCUAUGAGCAAGCAAGCGUUUGGGGUACUAAAUAUUUCAAGGGAAAUUUCCAGAGACUGGUGCAGGUGAAGACGAUGGUUGAUCCUGGCAAUUUCUUCAGGAGUGAACAGAGCAUUCCCCCCUUCACAUCGAAGGAGAGGAAGAGCAAGAGCAAGAGAAAGAGCAUUCUUUGAAUCUGAGGAACAAUUUAGGUCUUUAUUUUGUAUAAUUUCCUGGGGAAGCUAAUGUCUAUUUUGCUAAGCUUCCUUUUCUUUUGUAACAUUUAUUUACUUUAAAGUGGUUAGAAAAAUAAAUCCCUUUUUUAUUUUCAAUGAAGGUGAGAGUUCUAAAGCAAA